AUGGUUGCAGAUGAAAAACUGCCAGCUUCUGGAGAUGCUAACAACUCAGAGCAACAGCUUCAUGAUACUGACACAAACUCACGUGUGGAGGAUAUGUGGAAGAAAAUGAACAGCGGUUUGCCUGCGAAGAUGCCCAAACCUGCGAUGGUUAAGCUCAAAACAGCAGCAAAAGAAAAGAAACCUAAGGCCACAAAUAACUGGAUGACCAUUCUGGGCCUUCCACCAAAAAUGGCUUCUGCAAAUGAUCAAGUCCCAAAAAAUGAGCAACAACAGACACAGCACAAAACAAGUGAGGAUGCUAAAAAACUUGCGGCAAACGCUCUUGCAGCUGUUAGAGAUGCCGCUACUGCUGCAUCUGGAAGAGGGAAAGUGGAGAUAACCGAGGUAAGGGACUUUGCUGGCAAGGAUAUUGAGAUCAAGAAACUCGUAGAUGCGGAUUCAAAGGAAGCGGUUGAGAAGGCCAGUGCAGCGGGUGCCUCGCCGUCCGCUGUGGACAACAUUCUGGAGCAGAUAAGGAAGAAGCAGAAGCUGAGUGUCCUGGACAAGACGAAGAAAGACUGGGGAGAGUACAAGGCAGAGAAGGGCGUGGAGGAGGAGCUGGGGGCGUACAAGAAGAGCUCGAAUCAGUACCUUGAUAGGCAGUCGUUCUUGAAGAGAGCCGAUUACAGGGAGUACGAGCUCGAGCGAGAUGCGCGGUUGUCGUUGAUGGCGAAGCGGAAGAGUGAGAGUAUGCAGGACGAUGAUGCCUAG